CGGCGGUAUGGCGUCAUGUUUGUGGUGUGUGCAUCUAUGUGCCGUGUGGGAGUGAGGGCGGGAGGUACCGACACAUCCAAAUGCAGGGAUGGAUGGGCGGACGGUUCAUUCAUCUCCAUCUAUUUCUAUACAUAUUUGCGUCCAUACACAUGCAUCUGCCUAUGCUCGCUGGCUACUGCGUCUUUCCUUUCCCUCCCCCACUCCCUACUGUGUGUGUCCGUACCAGGUGGUCCGUUUGUUGCAAUGUUGCGGUCGGUGACUAGCCUGAUACAUCCAUACAUCCAUUCGGCACUCUUUGUUGCGCUCCUUUAUCUACCUUUCCCCUGCUGCUGCCGACCUGUGUACUGUGUGCGCCCACCCACCCAUGUAUGUGUGGCCGUGUGUGGUGCAGUGCCACUCCCUUUUUGUAGUGACGCAUGCAAUGAGUAUGGGUAGCUACAUAUGUCAAACUACACCCACACACGCCACCCCAUGCCAUCACAUGCCAUCACAUACCAUGCCACGCCACAACAACGAUGCCACCUAUCCGUUGCGCACACGUACACAUCAAUCGUCAUGGGAGGGGAUUUUCAUGCGAAACUGUGCAUGUCCGGUCGGGAGCCAAGAGAGAGAGAGAGACGGCAAGAGAGGUGAGUGUGUGCCUGUUGCUGCAUCGUGGUGUGUGUGCUGUGCGUAUGGUAUGGAUGGGAGUCCGUCGGCCAGAUGUCGGCGGCCUCUUUUGCGCUUUUGCCCAGCAUCAACGAAGAUCAACAGCGUAUGAUCUCACGUUUAGUGCUCACAAUGCAUCCACACGUAUACACACACACACACACACACACGCAUGCUGCUACGCUACGCCGGCCGGACUGCUGUGUUUUUCAACCAAUGAGUAUGCGUGUGAUUGCUCUCUCUGCCUCGAUCGAUGAUGGUCGCCGUGAGUGAGUGUUGUUGUGCGAUGUUGGUCAUUUCGGUGUGUAUGUGGUCUGUGGCUUUGGUGUUAGGAUGCUUUUGCGAUUGGCUCUCUGCAUUUCUGUCUGCCUGUCUGUCUGUCUGUCUGUGUGUCUUGUCGAUGGCCAUGCUGUUUUGUACGUGAGAGAGAUCUCUAUGCCGUUCCUUUUGGUCAAGAUGACCUGAUGCUAUCCGAUGGAUGGAUGGAUGGGCCUUUCUGCCCGUUUAUGCUAUGGAUUGCCUUUCUGUUGUCUGUCUGUCUGAAUGCCUGGUAUUUCUCCUCACUCACUGAGUGCGUAUUUGUCACGGCUGUAUGUGUGUAUGUUUGUCUGUCUGUCAUCCUCCGGACAUGGACGUGAAGCCCUGCAUUCAAGUGUGUUGUGCCGUCGCCUCUUCUGUGUCAUGUGUGUGCGUACCGCAUAUUUGUUAUUGAUACGGCCGGCCCCCUCCUCCAGCACUUUCUCGCACCGGCUCACUCACCGCCUCGCCUUCGACAUUCCCGCCUCGUCCGAAUUUUGACUCUGUGCCAUCCAAUGGACCGGUCAAGCUGCGUCUGUGCACAACCCCGCCUGCAUGCGCUGCAUGGCCAAGGUGUCUAUUUCUCACGCGUGCGUACGGCAUGAUGGCAGAUUGGUGUUUGGUUGAAACGACGCGACGCUGCGUCCCUCUUGUGGUGUGUGUGUGUGUCUUGUCAUGUGUUGUCCUCAUGUCGUGGGAGUGGCCGAGUGCGCAUGGGUGGGUGGGUGUGUAUCAUAGCUACGCUGGCGCUGGAUGGGUAGAGGACGAGAGACGUUAAGGCUGCAGACAGGUCGAUAGCCGGUUGGGCGGGAAGGAGGAGAGAGGGAGAGAGGGGCAGUGACAAAGUGAGUGAGUCUCGGUGUGGCUUGUCUGGUGUCUGUGCCUGUGUGGUGUGUGCUGAUGCACUCAUCAUCGAUCUCGUCUUUGUCCCUCUUGCGUGGCGUGGCGUGCCGUUCCAUGCCUUGCUUAUGCCGGUCAUCAGUGUGUGUGUGUGUGCGUGUCCGUGUGUGCGUGCGUGUGGAGUGGACGAAGACGCUAACGUCUGUCUGUCUGUAUGGAUGAGUGUCAACACUGUCUACCUAUGUAUACACACACAAAAGCAAUCAAUCAGUCAACCGAUCAAAUCGAUCGAUCGAUUGAUCGGCAAAGCAACGCAAAACGCCACGCAAAGGGUCAAACAACACACCUGCUGGCUGGUCGUCUGAGUGAUUGAGUGUGAGAGACGAGCAGACAGACAGUCAAGAUGAGGGCCUCCUUCGUCCUUUGCUUCGCUCUGCUGUGCGCCUCGUCGCUCGCCGACAGGGAGACCAGCCAGGCGGUAGAGACACACGCUCACACGAACUCACGAUCACCGACAUCAGCUGAUUGAGUGAACGAGUGUAUCGUGUGUCGUGUAUGCAGGUUGACCGUCAGAAGAUUUUCGGCUUCGGCUGGCCAAUUCCAUUUGUCAAGUGAGACAGACAUGAAUGAGACACCAACGACAGACACUCAUUGCCUCUCUCUGACCCUCUCUCUGUCUUGUCGUGUUGUUGUUCGGUUGUCAGGAAUUCGCAGACGUUGCCAUCGAUUGAGGUGCGGCUGGCCCCGCCCGAGGACCCCCUGCCCCAGGUGUCGGCCGAGAUCGCUUUGCUCGACCGCGCGCGGCUCCGAGAGGAAGAGUACUUCAUGAACAGGCUCCAGGACGAGUACAACAGACAGCUCAACAUCGCCCAGGCGGAAAUCAAGGACGCCAUCGACAAGGCCAUUCGGGUGUUCUUCGACCCGCGGGGCAGCGCCUUCACGUCGGCCAUCAAGGGCGCACUCCUCCCCCUCACCUCGCCCACAGCAACAUCCGCUGCCAUGCGAUUUCAGCCUCAAUCCAUCAUACCUGAUAUGUAGACACACACACGCGGACGUGGCUGAUGGAUGUGUGUGUGUGUUGUCAGGGAGAUCUGGUGGCAUCGGAGCGUCGCUCAGAAGUCGGUUCACCUCGUUCAUCGAGACGGGCACGGCCACACUGACCAAAGGCAAGGGCAAGCUGCUGCCGCUCGGCAACAUCGCCCGCACUCUCAUCCGGCCCCGAGAGCCGUCGAUGAAAGUCAAACUCACCGACAUCAAAGCGCCGGUCAACACAUACACACACAUACAGAGACAGAGAAAGAGAGAGACAUGGCUGAUGACCAUCUCUGUGUGUGUGUGCAGAGCCGGGACAUCAAGAGCAAGAUCGAUCAGAUUGAGCAGAAGCGGUCCGAUGAGGAGCGAAAGAUGAUCGAGCAGGCGAUACAAGAGAUGUCACAGGUGGGAAUGUGUGCAAUGGACAGACACAGUGGAUGGAUGAGUGCCCCGUUUGGGUGUCUGUGUGAAUGGAUGUGUGGGUGCAGUUGACCAAGAUCACGAUCCAGGAGUCGAAGAACAUCGAGAUCCAGGAGAACCCCUUCAUCGUCGACUCGCGGAUGCCCGUCAGGCAAGUUGCCAAGCUGCUCAGAGGCAGACGGGUGAGCAGCAAAUAGACAAAUCGACACACACAUAGACCAAACCGACCUUGUUUCUCUCUGUGUGUGUGUUGUGAAAGGUCCCUGAGUUCCCAAUCGUCAGAAUCCAGCCCGGCAGGGCAGCUUAUGCCAGCCGUAAUCACACACACACACACAGACAAAUACACACAAAUGGAUGUCUCUCUCUCUGUGUGUCUCGCCCAAACAGCGAUUGCCACUCGUGCUGGUGGGACGGUGCCUGGCGGGGCGGGCGGCGCACUCCUGCGCUUCCAGCAGCGCCACGACCGAGUGAUGGAGUCGCAUCACGGCAGUGCGAUGAAGGGAUACAACGGCAAGUGCCUCGACAUCCAGCACAGAUUCCCCCACUUCCGUCUCGACUGCCGCAUCCACAAGGCCACCGCACACAUACCCACACGAGUAGGUCUGCACACAUACACACACAGACGGACACAAGUCCGUCGAUCUCUGUGUGUUGGUCAGAUGCUGACGUCGUUCAUAGAGAUCCAGCACGCAUCGCGCGCGAGUGAGCCGCCACACCACACACAUCUGCCACGCGUGUUAUAGAUCUGUGAGUGGUUGUUCAGAUGCGUCGAGUGCGUCAUCGCUCAACCCUCUCUCGAAACUGGGCGGUCUGCUCGAGAGCCAACUCAACGUCAAAGUCACACAAUCCGACCAGCCGUAACACAAAGACACACAUACAGAGUGAGAUGGGGGAGAGGGAGACAGCCACUCCCUGUGUGUGUGUGCAGGUAUCCGACUGUCGAUGAGCUCGUCGCCGACAUGGAGAAGAGACGGCACGACACACAAACACAAAGAGAGAGACACACAGAGACACGUCUAUCACCCUCUCUCCAUGUCUCUUUGUCUGUCUGUGUGUUCAGUGACGUGGCGGAGCGUUUGGAGCGGAUGAAGAUCUUGGAGCUGGAGCUCAAGCUGAUGAAGGCCGAGAACGAUAUGAUCAAAGACGCUCUGAGGUCCGCACUCUCUCGCGUCAUGGCCCAGUACGAGCCGGCCGUGACAGCGAUCAAGGAGCUCCUCGCACCAAUCACUCUCGGUCGCGGCAGUGCCACCGGCGCCAAGGCAAGCAUCACACACACCCACACAUCAAGAAAGAUGAUACUCAGAUCCACUUGUUCUCUCUCUCUUUCUGUGCUUCAAUGUCAGGUGCCUUUCCCCAUUCCACAGCAGCAGUCGACUGUGGUGCUCAACGCCGCGCCAUUCGAACAGAUGGCCAAGACCGCAGCCGUCCGCACGACACGAUAAAUAGACAGAUAAACAGACAGACAAACAGACACAGAGACAUACAGACAAACCGAGGCCAGCCUCAGCCAGAGACGGAGAAGAACAGCCGAAGUGAGUCUCAGUUUAUUUGCAGCAGACUCUUAAACGUCUGUGUACGUGUGAC